AUGGUAGGCCAAGGCCUUCUACCAGAGUCAUGGAGGCAAUUGGAGCUAUCAGAAAACUACAUGGAAAAGAAAAAGAAAAAUUUGCUUAUAAAUUCAGUGGGGCUUCCACAUCCUCCUCCCAAGGUUAAGGAGCCCGGGGAGAAUUUUGCUGUGAAGUUGAUCAAGUUUGACAAAAAUCAACAGGAUUUUGUCCUUAAAGAAAUUGCAUGGAUCAAAUCGACAGACGAGGUGUCUCAGAGGAAGAAGCUUAAAGAAAUCAUUGCCAAGCUUGAAGCUGUUAGUGGAGUCGCUGUUAUGGGGCCAAUGGAGUGA